AUGUUGGGUGAGCAGAAGCGGCGGUCCAGCCAGGUCUUUGCACAAGCCGACCUCAGCGUGUGGACAGGCAAGCCCCUGUAUUCCACCACUCCGGCCCGUGGAACGUGCAGGUCUGGCCCUGGACAGGUCACAUGUGCCAAUCUAACAAAUGGCGGGAAGUCAGAACUUCUAAAAUCCGGAGGUACAAAAUCUACCCUAAAGCACAUCUGGACAGAAAGCAGCAAAGACUUGUCCAUCAGCCGGCUCCUCUCACAGACUUUUCGCGGCAAGGACAAUGAUACGGACUUGGACCUGCGCUACGACACCCCAGAACCUUAUUCGGAGCAAGAUCUCUGGGACUGGCUGAGGAACUCCACGGACCUUCAGGAGCCUCGGCCCAGAGCUAAGAGACGGCCCAUCGUCAAGACGGGGAAGUUUAAGAAAAUGUUUGGCUGGGGUGAUUUUCAUUCCAACAUCAAAACUGUGAAGCUCAACCUGUUGAUAACUGGGAAAAUCGUUGACCACGGGAACGGGACCUUCAGCGUCUACUUCCGGCACAACUCCACCGGGCAAGGCAACGUCUCUGUGAGCCUGGUGCCCCCCACCAAGAUCGUGGAAUUCGACUUGGCCCAGCAGACGGUGAUCGAUGCCAAAGAUUCCAAGUCCUUUAACUGCCGGAUCGAGUACGAAAAGGUGGACAAGGCGACCAAGAACACGCUCUGUAACUAUGACCCCUCCAAGACGUGUUACCAGGAGCAGACCCAGAGCCACGUGUCCUGGCUCUGCUCCAAGCCCUUUAAGGUCAUCUGUAUUUACAUUUCCUUUUAUAGUACCGAUUACAAACUCGUACAGAAGGUGUGUCCUGACUACAACUACCACAGCGACACGCCCUACUUCCCUUCGGGUUGAGCGGGAGCCACUGGGGCUGAGACUGAAGCCUGAGGAGUAAGAGGUCGGACGUCAGGGCUGUUACGCAAAGGAGAAGAUCACAUCUGGGGCCUGGAUUGUGUCUACGCUGCUGCUGCUGUCCACGGGCUGCCAAGAUCCCAGGGGGACAAUCUGGUGUCAUUUCUGCCCAUCGGCUCCAUCUCUCAGUGUAGUUGUGAAUCACGGCAGGUUUUACAUCGAGUCACCCGAGGAGAACCAUCCACACCCACAGACAUCCAUGUACAUGUACACACACAUUUUGGCUCGCAUCUGUUGGGAUCCCUGGUUAGAGGUCUUUUAAUUCUCUGGGUCGGAAGGUUUUAGAUGAGCAAUCAAAGCGAAAGGGAAUAGCCAGCCAGAGUGGGCUCUGACAGGCACUGGGGUGGGGAUUUCCUUCCGAGUCCCGAGUCCAUGUAAAUCCAUCCUUCCCCUCACGCGCUCCUGCUUCGGAUAGCUGCACCGGUAACGAUACCAUAGGCCUACCUGCUUGUGACGCUGGGACGCGUGUCUCCAGAGCUCAGUACUCCUUCCCAAGUGAACCCUCCCACCCAGCAUCCCGUAGGCACAUCCGAGGGGGCCCUAGGAGCCCGCUCCCCGUAAAGAUGAGGAAACCUUUAGAACUUACACGUGGGCGGCCGCGGAGCUCCCGGCUUUCGCCCCGUUCCUGGCCCCGGCCGAGUCUGCUCAGCGACUCCCGAGCCGCCGGAUCUCCAGGGGACCGGCCGAGAGACCGGCACCGUGUAAGUUGUAAGGGGCGGCUUAUCUUUACUCCACACAUUGUAACAAACUCAAUAUCCUAGUCUUCAUUUGUAUGAAUGGUUUGUAUUGUACAUAGUUUAUCCCGUGUUAUUUCAGCAGCUUAUUAAUAUUAACUUGUACUUGUCUCUCUGCUUGUUAUUGGUUAAAAAAGAAAAAGGGAACGAGGAGGAGUCGGAGUCCAUGUUAGCAAUGUAGCUGUAAAUCCACGAGCAAGACAGAACUCUGUACCCAGCACUUACUCAGCUAACGUAUUGUUGGAAGCGAUACAUAUACGCAGCAUUACGGUCUGUCUGUAGUUAGAGUUUUAUUUCUGGACGAAGAUGAGAUGUACAUAGAAAUAAAAUACUUAAAGUUCAAUUUCAAUA